AUGGAAAACAGCAAGCAGCAGCCCGUUCAAUCGAUGCCAAAAACGCCAAAUAGUGGCGGGAAGGACAAAAAUGGGGAUGGCGAAGAGAAGGAGAAAGAUAUAGAUAAGGAGAAGAAGGCGGAAGCGGCAAGAGCAGCUACCAAGAAACAACAGGAAGCAGACAUGCCACGUUUUGAUAAGGGAGAGAAUGAGAUUUUCACAUCCACAGAUUGUUAUGAGGUUGUCACCGAACUGGGUCAAGGAUCAUUUGGUGCUGUCUAUGGUGUCAUUCGUAAAUCCGACAAACAAUCCUUCGCCCUGAAAUGUGAAUCUUGCCACCUCAAAAAGUCCAUGCUCCCCCAUGAAGCCAACGUUCUCCUGGCAUUGAAUCUUCUUAAAUCUCCCCAUUUCGUAGAAAUGAUUGACUACGGUACCGUUGGUGAUCGUUUCCUGUUUGUGAUCAUGAAGUGUGUUGGCAAGAACCUCUGGGACAUUCGAAUGACACUUCCCGAUAGACGUUACACCUUGAAGACCGUGUUACGAAUCGCUGAACAGACAUUGGAAGGACUACGGGAUCUUCAUAGGGUUGGUUACCUCCACAGGGACAUCAAGCCACCAAACUUUGCAAUCGGAAGGGACGCAUCUGAUAUGCACACCAUUUAUCUUCUAGAUUUCGGGCUGUGCCGUCGAAUUGUGGAGAAGGGAAAAGAUUUGAGAACGCCGAGAAGAGAAUGCGCGUUUCGUGGAACUACCAGAUACGCAUCGCUGGCAGCUCAUGAUAAUGUGGAGUUUGUAGUAUUUGUAGCUUUUGUAGUCCCUAAUUUUCAGAAGGAUCAGUCUCGAAAAGAUGACAUUGAGUCUUGGUGGUAUAUGAUUGCUGAAAUGAUCAUUAUUGAAAUUCCAUGGAAACAAAAGAAGGGAACCGACCGGGAUGGUGUUCGUGCUGAUAAGCAACGCCUUCGAGAUAGUGAUGAUUAUUUUAAAUUUCUAUUCCGAAAAUGUUGCUACGAACAAAUGGCUGCAAUCCUUAAGUAUCUGGACUCCCUAACUUACACCAGCAUCCCGGACUAUGACUAUGUGUACCAUAACAUUACUGCUAUCGCUGUAGUCAAUAAGAUUCAACCAUCAGAUCCACCAGACUGGGAUCCAGAUGCCAAACGAUACAAGGGACCAGUCUACAGAGAGAAGCAACCGUACAUUGUCAAAGAACUUGAAUGA